ACAAGAGAAAAAUCGGUGGAUUGGCCGAUUGUGGAUUGCCGACGGAUCGAUUCAUUGAUUCGUUUUUUGACUCGAUUGUAUUAUAUUGCGUUGGGUCGCAUUGCUCGCACAAAACAAAACGCAACCAUGCCAUCCCCUUCGUCUGAAUCCAACCGGCGCAGGUCCAGCCACAUCGUCAAGGUCAAGGAAGAAGAUGGAAGCGAACGGAGCCUCCUAGCGGGAGUGCCCGAUCACACCCGGUGCGACAACACCCUGAUCACCUCCAAGUACACUAUUCUCAAUUUUCUCCCGAAAGUGAGUAUCUCACGCAAUGCUGCACAGCAUUUUUUGUUUGCUGUUUGUUGCGAUUUCAUUCGUUUGAUAUGACAUCGAGCCUGUUUGAUCAUGAACAAAGUGUUGUUUGGAAACACCCGGAAUACAAUCCUAUCGGAAUGGACUGCCUUAUCUCUUGAUCGGACGUCACAGAAAACUGCUGGGUGAUUUAUUUGAAACGUCUGUUACCGACGACGAAUAGAUGAACAAAGGGCAAUUGAAAGCAACGUGCUAAUGGGUUGAUCGACAGACGUGCCCUAUCGGAACUGUAUGAAUUGAAACGACAGAAGAUCGUCAAGUCGAUAGGAGUCAAACUGAACGAAGGGCGGGAACGAGAAAGAAACACGAGAUGACAUACCUUUGAUUAUUGGAUAGUCAGAAAGGACAACAUGGAUUCUCUUCUGUUUUGAUUUCAUGUUCAUUUUCUUUUGCUCGAAAAGAACCGAUGCCGCAAAACUAUCAGUKGGUUAUCAUCCACGCAUACGUCUUCAUCUCAUCACGCCUCAAGAAUAGCUGAGUAACAAGCGGUUUGUCGUUUUGUUUUGAUGUGGGAAACGUGAAGAGGGAUACGAAAGCACCACAAGAAACCAAUGUUCGCUACCGUAAUGGAUUCUUCGGCAAUGGUGAAUCGGGCCCAAACCAGUCAAAUCAAUAAGCAACAAAACAGACAAGCAACCACGCGGCCAGAUUCGAUCGCCGCCUCCAUUCUCUAUUUUUCAACACUAAUUGUCUCCUAUUUUUCUUUCUUGUAUUCCCCAUCGUUCUUGUACUAAAAAAACACAGAACAUCCGAAACCAGUUCCGUAGGUUCGCCAACAUGUACUUUCUGGUGGUGGGACUCGUUAUGUUUGUGGGAACUAGGUAUCCGCAGCUGUAUGCGUCCGCCUUUUCGCCGUACACCACGUGGGGACCCCUCAUGCUGUUUGUCUCGAUCAGUAUCGUAAUGGAGGGCAUUGCCGACAAGAAACGCCACGUGAGCGACCAUAAAACCAACACAGAUCGGUGCAUUGUCCUGGAGAACGAAACCGCCGACACGAAACCGGUGUCAGAAUCGGUCAGAGACGCUAUGAACCGAAGCAUGAUCAACGUGAGCAAGAAAAACAGGCAGGCAUCUGCUAGGGCGGAAAAUUCCGCAUUGGACGACAUCCCCUGGCCCAGCGUGGACAUUCCGGCCGUCGGGGGUAUGCACACGGAGGCCAUCUUUCGGCCGAUCCACCGCAAGGACAUCCGGCAAGGACACCUGGUGGUGGUUCGGAACCGGGAGAUGAUCCCCGCCGAUAUGGUUUUGGUGGCCUCCAGCGGCGACCGCGGAUGCGCUUACAUCGAGACGUCCUCAAUCGACGGUGAGACCAACCUCAAGCUGCGGGUAUCGGCCAAGCACAAGACGGACCCAAGUUAUUCGAAGCCUCUCGAGACAAUCAACGAGGCCGUCCAGCGGAUCGCGGGAUUCACGGCUGCGGGAUGCCAAUCUGGAGAAAGCAGCGAUCGCAUCGCUGAGUUGAUCACCGAGGCGCCCAACGCACACAUCAAUACCUUUGCGGGCGUUCUCAAGUUUCCGAGCUUGCUCACGACCAUUGACGAGGAGGACCCUGAAAACCCUCCGUUGGCCGGCGCCGGAUCUGUCAAGCGCGAGCUCCCAUUAGGGGCCGAACACCUCUUGCUACGCGGGGCCGUCCUGCGAAACACGGAGUGGGCCAUUGGGAUCACCUGCUUUACUGGAACGGAUACCAAGCUCAGUCAGAAUACCAUCGAGACGCCGUCGAAGAUGAGCCAGCUAGACCUGAUUACCAACAAGUGCGUGCUGGUCAUGAUCCUGGUGGAACUUAUCUGCAUUUCCUAUCUCAGCACAAUGGCGGUACUGGUCAACGAGAACCAAAUCGAUACACUCUGGUGCGUUCUCUAUGUGCCGUCGCUUAGUGCUCACAAUGUGUUCUGUGAUCUUUUUUGCUUUCAGGCGAAGAAAUAGUUGUUUUCUAUUACUUGGAAUGUUGUGUGCCACGCAUUUUGCUAGAUAAUCAACUAAUCUAUUUCUCCGUUCGAUUGAUGCUGCGUAUAUUUCCACAGGUAUGUCGGUCGCAAAGUCGAAAGCGAAACUAAUAACACAUGGCCUUAUCUUCCAGAUUUGCAGGCACCAGAUUGGGCAACCAAAGGUUAGUAGUAGAGUUUAGUUUUCUUGGAAGUCUUCGAAAUAAAGCCUUCAGGAUAUG